AUGCUUGCUCAUGACAAACGCGAGAAAUCGUUAGUCGCCGUCAUUGGUGCAGGCGUUGUAGGACUGACCACGGCUCUAUUGCUGCAGUGCAAUAAUUAUGAUGUAACAAUCAUCGCCUCGGAGUUCCCAAAGGAUGAAAAGGCCCACCCAGAUUAUGCGUCGCCUAAAGCUGGUGCGCAUUGGAGAUCAAUGUGCGACGAAGAUGAUUCCCGUGCCAAAGGAUACGACACACUCUCAUAUAGGACUUUUCAAGAGCUCGCUAAGAAUCCGGAAUCAGGUGUCAGGAUCCGGGACGCAAUCGACUACUUCGAUUUCAAUCCCACAGGCCAUGAGGGGCAUGAUCCAUGGUGGUCGAAGAUCGUUGAAGAUUUCAAACAAAUCCCGUCGACCAAUGCUGAUUUCCCGAUCGCAUAUUCCUACAAGACGCCCGUCAUCACCCCCAGCAUCUACUUGCACUUCCUCCUGCACCAGUUCAAGAAGGCCGGUGGUCACAUUCAACACCGAAAGCUCUCACACGUCACUGAGGCAGCACUCUGGGUUGGCACCAAACCAAAGCCCGUGAAGAUCAUUAUCAACUGCGCAGGAUUCCAGGCCCGAUAUCUCGGAGGCGUACAGGACUUGAGAUGCUACCAAACACGAGGACAGACCGCGGUCGUACGCGCAUCUUGGAUUCAUGAAACCGUUACCUGGAUCUCCAAAACUGGAUCCAUUAUGUAUGUGAUCCCACGCACGAAUGGAGACGUUGUCCUCGGCGGAUCUCAUGAAGCACAUCAAAACAACGAGUCCGUGAGCGGCACGAAGACAACCCAUAUCCUCCGGACCAUCAUCGACCGAUAUCCCAAGAUCUUGACCCCAGGAUCCUCGCCUGCAUACGCUGCAAGCCUCGAUCUGCUCUGCAAGUUUGAUAUUGUCGAUCAGAAGGUUGGAUUCCGGCCCUCCCGAAUUGGAGGCGUACGUGUCGAAGUCGAGCAUGGACGUACAGGGACAGGUCAACACGUCCUGAUCGCUCACAAUUAUGGACACGGUGGUGCAGGAUACCAAUCGAGCUGGGGUACUGCCUUUGACCUCCUCAAGAUGAUAGAGCAAGCCCAGAGAGAGGUUCCUGAGGACCUCCAUGAGACUGCAAAAUUGUAG